AUGCCCAAGAGGAAGGUCAGCUCCAAUGAGGGGGCGGAGAAGGAGGAUCCCAAGAGGAGAUCCCGGAGGUUGUCAGCUAAACCUGCUCCUGCAAAAGUGGCUACCGUGCCAAAAAAGGCAGCAGGAAAGGAUAAAUCGGCAAAAAAAGUACAAAGGAAAGGGAAAAUGGGAGAAAAGGGAAAACAAGCUGAAGCGGCUAACCAGGGACCUAAGAAAGAUCUACCUGCAGAAAAUGAGAAAACUAAAAACGAGGAGGGUCCAGCCUCGGAUGAAGUAGGAGAAAAAGAAGCCAAGUCUGAUUAAUAUCCUGUAUC